AUGGCUGGCGAUAACGCUGCGGUCAUUCUCGCGGUCUCUUGGACGGAGACAUGCGUUGGUCUGUUUAUGUUCACUCUUCGAUUCUUGAGUAACUGGAAAUUCGUGGGACGAUUUCGAUGGGACUUUGCUAUCGCUGGCUUGACUGUGGUAACUGAGACUACUGCUCAGGUUUUCCUGCAGCUCUCGGUCAAUGCUGGCCUGGGUCGGCGUAUGGAUGAUCUCUCCCCUUUCAAUUUAGUGUUGGCCCUGAAAUGGUCGUGGGUAUUCCAGUUACUUGCAAUUGCGGCCAGUAUGCUGGGCAAGCUUGCGAUUCUCACAUUUUUGGUACAGAUUCGUGGCCGUCAUGAGAAGAAGCCGUGGCUGUUGAUUGUUCUUGGUGUGCUCAUCGGAGCUGUCAACAUUGCCGUUCUUGGCACCAUUCUAGGUCAAUGCCAGCCAAUGCACAAACUGUGGAAUGACUCUGUAGAGGGGACUUGUGACCCGGGGCGCAAGAUUAACCAGAACUAUUCGUUCUUCCAAGCUAGUGAGUCGGAAUUCCAAGUUAGACCAUUGAGUGUGCAACUUGUUGCUGAUAAAUUAGGCUUCAACUCAUUCUCCGAUGCCUUCUUGGCAACCUAUCCGGUUUAUCUCUUUUGGAAACUGCAGAUGAAGUUGCGGAUUAAGAUCGCAUUAUCUAUACUCAUGGGAUUGGGCUGGAUAGCCGCAGUGUGCUCCGCUGUCAAGACAUAUGAGCUAAAGGCGUUGACGAAAACAAAAGAUAUCACCUGGGAUCAAUCAUCCCUGAUAAUAUGGGCAUCAACAGAGGCCUGGAUCGUUAUCGUCGUGGGCUGUGUGCCACCCAUUCGGCCUCUUAUGGAAAGAGUGCUCCAACGCCUCGGUCUUAUCUCCAAGAAAUCAUCGGCUCCUUACCAAUAUCGCGACUCGAGUGGCCAUGCAGCCUACAGCACGAAUAAAUCUAACCCCACUAGUCAUUCCAACUUCCAAUCCAAUGCACAUGGAGGAAGAAAGAAAUUCGGUGGUGAACAUGACGAUUUGGGCUGGAUGGAACUCACGGUGACCGAAGGGCCGAGUGGAAGUAAUGAACAUAUUGUUAACGGGCCAUCGGAUGUGGUCAUUACUACCGACAUUGUAACUCGCUAUGAGGAUGUGGAGCGCCAUACAGGUCCAUCGUCGGGUGUUGGUAGAAUCUCGGAUGAAGACUUGAUUCGAAAACAGACUCCUGAUACUCGAAAAGUUGUUUGA